AUGAAUUCAAGACGACAACAAAUCUCAUCUAAAUUUAAACAACGUUCACCUGAAUAUAUUGCCGGUUUUCUUUCAUCAGCAACCAAUAUAUUAUUAACUUAUCCAGUUAACAAAUUAAUUUUCCGACAACAAAUCUAUCGUCUUAAAACGGUUGAUGCAUUUCAACAACUGAAAGAUGAAGGUUUUCUUGUUCUUUAUCGUGGUAUGACAUUACCAUUAUUACAAAAAACAUUUUCUUUAAGUAUUAUGUUCGGUGCUAAUGCACAUUAUCUACAUAUUUUACAAUCAUUUUCAAAAAAAGAUCAUUGGUAUCAUCAACCUAUUGCUUCAGCUUUAGCUGGUACUACAGAAGCUAUUUUAACACCAUUAGAACGAGCACAAGUUUUACUUCAAACACCAAAAUAUAACACAGUUAUACGUAAUGGUUCACAUGCCUUUAUGUUGAUGUACAAACAUUAUGGUAUUAUAGAAUAUUAUCGUGGAGCAACAUUAAUUUUAAUACGCAACAGUGUAUCAAAUGUAAUAUUUUUUGCAUGUCGAAAACCCGUAAAAGAUUUAUUACCAGAAGCAUCGACUGGUUUGCAGCACUCAAUCUAUGAUUUUUUAAGUGGUGGUUUAUUAGGUGCAUUGUUAUCAACAUUCACAUAUCCAAUUAAUGUUUUAAAAAAUAUACAACAAUCCGAACUUGGUGGUCGUCAUGAUCGACCAUUAAAUAUAUUUCGAUCCGUUUAUGAACAACGAGGCAAUUCAUUAAAAGAAUUUUAUAUUGGUGCAAAAUGGAAUUUUAUUCGUAGUCUUGUAUCAUGGGGAAUUAUUAAUAGUACCUAUGAAUAUUAUUUAACAACAUUACAGAAUGUUAUGUAUUAUGAUAAUUGA